CCUAGAUUAGACCGUUGGAGGAGAUCAGAUGGAGGAGAUUUAAAAGAAAACGAACGGCCCAGAUCGAGUUUGUGAGAUCCAAUGGCUGGGGGAACAGGUAUAAAAGGGAAAGAGAUUAGAGAUUUUCUUCAUUUAGAAGAGAAGCCAAAAAGAGAGAGGGAGAAGGAGAGAGGCGGUUGGGGAGAAAAGGAAGAAAGGGUGUUGCGCAGGGAAGCCGAGAGAGGAAAGAAGAGAGAGGCCGGAAAGGAAGAGGGGAAGGGAGAAGAAAAGAGAGGAAGGGAAGAAAAAGAGUGUGGCCAAGUGGGAAGAGGAGGAAAGCUGAGAAUGGUUGCGCAAGGGGGAGGAGAAGAGAGAGAGUCGCAUAGGCAGAAAGCCGAAGAGAAGAGAAGGAAGGGAAAUCGCGACCAAGGAGCAUCGUAUGACGGUGGAAUCCAAAAUCAAGGUUGUUCAAAUUUUUCAAGCAUCGCACUCGAGCCAGGUUUAGAAGCUAGAGAGAUGCGGGGUGACCGAGAUAAGACGACUGGGAACCAAGCCGAGGCUGAAUCACUCGAAUCGAAGCUAAAACCAUUAUGCUUUCGUGUUUUGGUGGUGGUUUGAGCAGCGGUGGAGCAGGACCAAUGUCGGCUGGUCGCAUGGGCUCGGCCGAGCCACCCACCCACAUGGGAACCAAGGAGGUUCCCUUAGGAAUGGGGAAACCCACCCACCGUGGAAGCUGAAGAAAUGGAGGCCAGAAUCGCCCUUUUGGGAUUUCGAUUCAUUGUUCGGGAAGCUGAAAAAUCUCCCUUGAAAACGAAAA